AUGAAGUAAUAAAUACAUUCACCACCUUCUGCCUUUUAGGGAUUAUCUCAAAACUGAAUAGUAACUUUGAUUUAUAAUUUUUUUAAGGUACGGCCUGACAUAAUGGCGAGGUUGAUUGAGGAAGAAAUUUAUAAGCCAGUACACCUAGUGGAUUAUCAAGCGGUCUGUUUCCGAGAGAAGAAAACCACAAGCCCCGCAACAAUACUACUAACGCCAUUCGAAAAUCUGCGAUUGGUGAUGUCAUGGUUUAUAGCGACAUCAAUUUGGUUCUUUAACUCCAUAGCCAGCGGGUUAGCGCAAGCCUCGAGUUACUCACUGGACGAUGCGUAUCAGAUUUACGAGAAUGACGAAGAAACCGACGACCCGCUGCUGAAGUCGACGUCAAAGAGUGUCACAGAGAGGGAUAUCGAAAAACUAGUCCUUAUAAACAGGACGAGGCCAACGCCCUGCGACAGGGAGAUGUACCUCUAUCAAUUGGAUUAUAACAAUUUAAACGACAAAUUGAAUAAGCCAAUAGCGGAUUGCGACAGGCCGUUUUACGUUCAACUGGUGAACUAUACGAAUAUGUUGAUGAUAGUGAUAGACUCAGUUUGUCCUAAAGAGGAGGUUUCGAUAUUACCCGUGGAUCCUACUGAGGUGCAGUACAAUGAGUCGCUGCCUUGUCUGAAGCAUAUGCAUCCGUUAUAUAGGAAGCAGCCAACUUCUUGCAUCAGGAAUCACACUGAAGUGAGUAUGCUCGUUACGAGAGUAUUGGCUUAUGCAUAUGCUGCUAGUUAA